AUGGUCGUCAUAACACGACCGAGGGAUGUCUCGGACCCAUUCUAUCGGCCACAGUCGCAAGACUACUCUCACGCCUACUCGAGCAUCCUCGCCUCGUCUCGACGUGCAGCAGCUUCGACGUCCUUCUCGAGUGGUGACCUGGCAGGCUCCUCGACGGUCCUGAUACUUUCUGCACUCGACGUUGACGCCCUUUGCGCGACAAGAUCGCUCGUGUCACUCUUCACAGAAGAUGAGAUUGCGUACCGGGUCGUGCCCGUAGACGGAUACUCGACGCUGGACAGCAUCGUACGGGAAGAUGUCGUGGGCAACACCGACCUCCACACCGUCGUCUUCAUCAAUUUGGGCUCGUUGCUUUCUCUGCCCAACUACUUCACCACGACUUCGAAUCCGGAUCCCGACGCGCAUAUCUUGCCACCUCUGUGCACAGUCCAUCUCAUCGACUCACACCGGCCCUACAACCUCGACAACCUUUUUGCCACGUCGGAGCUCGUGGAGAAGAUCUGCGUGUGGGAUGACGGAGAGAUCGAGGAAAGACUAGGCAAGGAGGCAAAGGCGUACGCAGAGCUCGAAUUCUACGACGACGAAGACAGCGAUAGUGAUUCGGAGGAUUCCGAGACAGAAUCAAGUGCAGACGAAGAGAAGGACGAGGAUGAAGAAGAGGACGAAGAUUCAACACGGCGGAAAAGGCGGCGAGGAGAGGAUGGGGAUGAUAGGCAACAAUCAGAGGCAGGAAGUCAGAGACCAAGAAGACGGCGGAAAAGAUCCAGACCGAGGCGCAUCGAUCCAGAUGUCGCAGCCAAUUAUCGUGCAAUUCUCUCCCGAUAUUACAACCGGGGGACAUAUACGAGCAUGAGUGUUGCUAGCAUCAUGUUCAUGCUCGCCGAAAAGCUCGGUCGCAGCGACAACGAGACGCUUUGGCUCGCUAUUCUCGGCCUCACAUCACAGUACCUCUCGUCAGCGAUCGCACACGGACAUUAUGAUGAGCUCUCGUCUGCCCUGGCCACCGAUGUCGUCGCUAUGAACAAGACGCCCGCCAACAUAUCCACCUCGCAAACCGACAAGCUGCUCGGCAAACCAGUCAAUGCCGAUGACGGCCGCAUCCGCGUCAUUCCACAAGAACUCAGAUUCUCCCUGUACAGACACUGGAGCUUGGAGAACAGCAUGUACCACUCAAGCUAUGUCGCUGGCAAGCUUGGGAUAUGGAGGGAGCUUGGGCUGUCAAAGCUGCGUGGCCUGAUGGCCAAGAUGGGCCUCUCGCUUCAGCAGUGUAGGCAGACGUACGAGCACAUGGAUCUCGACCUUCGGGAGACGCUGUGUUCCCGUAUCGAAUCGAUCGCCCCCGAGUACGGCCUCACGGAGUGCGUCUACCGUUCAUUCCUGCGAUCAUUCGGGUACCGGAGCACUCCUAUCAGCGCCGGGGAUGCGGUCGAAGGUCUAGAGGCGCUGCUUAGUGCAGCGCAUGGUGUCCGCGUUGAGGUGGAUGCGCCAGGCCUUACCUUUGGCGGCGUGGGUGCGGGUGUCGGCGGCGUCAGCGGCGCAUACGAGGCCGUUGUUGGGAGGGGCAUGGGCGACCAGGGCAGUGAGCUAUUCGGCAGCCGUCGUCUGUGGAAUCUGGGCCCAGCUGGUGAGGAGGGGUGGGGCGACGACAAAGAGAACAGAGCACCAGACCAGCCGACUACAGAGGCAAAGGAGCCGCCGACCCAGCAGGAACGCACGUCGACUCGUCAGUCGAGCUGGGUGCGCAACUACUUUACAGCGUACACCGCCCUCGACACGAGAAAGACGAUGAACGUGCGGCUGCUCCAAUCGAGCCUAUCGCUCUCAAAAGCACUUCACCGCGCCGUCGUGUCCCAGGGUGUGGCACUGAUCGACAAGCAGGCAAUUCGAACACUUCGAAGCUUCAGGCUAGCCAUUCUCCAAGACGGGCCCCAGCUGUCGCUCUUUACGGAUCCCAACCUCCUCAUCCGGCUGGGCUCCUGGCUCAUCUCCGCUCUGCGAGACAUUCUCAAACAGCAAGAGGACAGCCGACGGCAGAACAAGCGAUCGAGGUCGAAGAAGGCAACGGAAGAGGCCGCGCUGCCGACUUCUUUGCCCUUUGUCUUGGCCGCACUGGAUGAGACGCGCGAUCGAUACAUCGUCGUUGGCAUCAACGGGAGCCGAGAGUACGGCGACGUGGUGAGGAACCGGUUUGGCUUGGCAUUCCAGGAGGCAGCAUCCAAGAGCGGGGCUAGGACGAAGCACGAUCGCUUCGAGACGUGCGCAGUCGAGGUUGGCCGGGAGGACCUGGCGCAGUUUGUUGAGUCUAUUCAUGCUGUGGCGUAAUCACAUCAAGCAUUUGCUGUAUUCGAAUCAUAUCAUUUCUGCCG